AUGUCUCAUUCCAGUAAUUUAUUUGUUUUUAGUUUUACCCUUCUAGACAUGGAAGGGCACAACAUCCUAUCAAGUGCUGAUAACCACACAGUUGCCAUGAUAAUGGGAAGUGAAGAUCAUGGGAACAUGAAAGAAUCCCUUGCCAAUGUCAAUGAGGAUGUAAACAGCCUCAUUGAUAUUGGCAAGAUACAAGUCCAAGACAAGGAAUUUAAGUUGGAGUUCUUCUUAGGUGGAGAUUAUAAGUUUCUUCUCAAUGCCAUGAGAAUGAAAGCUGCUACAUCGGAUAUUAGCUGUAUUUGGUGCAAUCUACAUAAACAAGACAGGUGUUGCAAAAAAGAAUGAUUAUCGCCGCUAUUUCCACCGAAAAAUCAACAGGUGGGAUGCUUCCUAUCAGCUCCUUCUUAUCGAGAAACAACAAGAAACCCUCAGACACCUGGAGAGGCGGCAGAAACGCAAAUAUACCAAGACAGAAAGACCCUAGGUAGCCAAGAAAGUCCCACGUGUAUCAACUUGUGCUAACAUCUUAGAGCCAAGAUUGCCAUCCAGCCUACUAGAGCUCCUACAGAGCCAUG